GUUCCCAAUUUGCAAAGCUCAAAUGGCUCCAAAAUCUCUAAUUAGUUUCUUCAUCUUUCUCAUUCCCCUGGUUGCUGCCAAGGCUUUUACUUUCCAAUUCCAUGGUUUCAAUAACAAUGAAGAAAAUCUCAUCCUUGAUGGGGAUUCCAACAUUGUCAAACCUCAAGGUACACUUAAACUAACCCGAAGAAAAGACAAUAUUGUUGGCCAUGCAUUCUAUAACAUACCCAUCAAAAUGUUUGACAAAGAAAACUCUUCAGCACCUCAACCAAAACUUUCUUCCUUUAGUACAUGCUUUGUUUUCUCCAUUGUAUCACCAAGUUCUGGCUCUGGUGGCUAUGGUCUUGCCUUCACCAUAGCUCCCUCACCCCAUUUUCUAAAAGCUGAAGCUGGUCAUUAUCUUGGUCUUUUCAACUCUUCUAAUGAUAGGAACACCUCAAACCAUGUCUUUGUAGUUGAAUUUGACACAGUGAACGGCUACAGCGAUGGUUUUGACAGAGAAGGGAACCAUGUUGGGGUAAAUUUAAAUGGCAUGUUAUCAACCAUAUCUAAGCCAGCAGGUUACUUUGAAGAAGGCAUGGAUGAAAAGCAGGUAGACUUUAAUAUGGGCAAGGUUGAUGCUGUAUGUGCUUGGAUAGAAUAUGAUGAUGAAACAAAAUUUUUGAAUGUAACAAUUGCCCCUUUAUCAGUGCCAUCAAAACCUAGCAAACCCCUUAUAUCCAAAAGGAUAGACCUUAGGCCUGUUAUGAGGGAAAGCAUGUAUGUUGGUUUCUCAGCAUCAACAGGUCAAAGGAAAGCAAGCUCUCACUAUAUUCUUGGGUGGAGCUUUUCAGUGAAUGGUAUUGCUCCUCCGCUCAACAUUUCACAACUUCCAAAACCACCAAAGGAGAAAGAUCCAUAUUCCGUUCCUUGGGUCAUGGUUGCAAUUGGCAUCUUGUCUGCUUUGACUUUUACCUUAUUGUGCUUUUUGUUUUUUCUCACAAUCUAUAAGAGAUAUGUGAGAUUUGAAAAACUUGAGGACUGGGAGCUUGAUUGUCCUCAUAGGUUUAAAUAUAGAGAUCUUCACAUAGCAACAAAGGGGUUUCAUGAGAGCCAGCUAAUUGGAGUUGGAGGCUUUGGUUCUGUGUUCAAAGGGGUGUUACCAAGUACAGGAAUUGAAGUUGCUGUUAAAAGGAUCAUGAAUGGUCCAUUGCAAGGAAUGAGGGAGUUUGCAGCUGAGAUUGAAAGCUUGGGAAGAUUGAGGCACAAGAAUUUGGUCAAUCUUCAAGGUUGGUGUAAGCACAAGAAUGAUCUACUCCUAGUUUAUGAUUACAUUCCAAAUGGGAGCCUUGAUUCUCUCCUAUUCAACAAAAAAAUUUCUCUGUCUUGGGACCAAAGAUUCAACAUUCUCAAAGGUGUAGCUGCAGGGCUCUUGUAUCUUCAUGAAGAGUGGGAACAAGUGGUGAUCCAUAGAGAUGUGAAAUCUAGCAAUAUUCUAAUAGAUGGGGAUUUGAAUGCUCAUUUAGGUGACUUUGGACUAGCAAGGGUUUGUAGUCAUAAUCAAGUGUCACACACAACAAGUGUGGUUGGCACAAUUGGGUACAUUGCCCCAGAGUUAACUAGGACAGAAAAAGCAUCUACAAGCUCUGAUGUUUAUGCAUUUGGGGUCCUACUACUUGAAGUGGUUGCUGGAAGAAGACCUGUUGGCUCAUCAGAUAAAUUUUUCUUGGUGGACUGGAUCCUUGAAAAUUACCAAUUGGGUCAGAUUCUUGAAGUAGUUGAUCGUAAGCUAGGCUCAGUUUAUGAUGAGAAAGAAGUAGAGUUGGUUCUGACAUUGGGUCUCCUUUGUACUCAAUACAAAGAUGAUUGUAGACCCACCAUGAAACAAGUGACUAGGUACCUAAACUUUGAUGACCCUCUUCCUGAUAUUGCUGACUUGAGACACUAUGAUUCUCAAAGAAGCAUAAUAAGCUCAAGUUUCUCAGAAACCAUGUCCACGGGUAAGAUAAAGACUUCAUCCUCAUACAGUUUACCCUCCAUUGGCGGGAGUACAAAGUCAAUAGAUAUUGGUUCAUAGAAAAGAAUUUUGGUCUCAUUUGUUCUUUUCUGACAAUGUUAGUUUCAAUUUAUGUUUUUACUACAAUAUGGGACUAGGUACAAGUUGUGUAUGAAUUAACGAUUCUUUUUAGAGUCUUGCUUAACGGUACACAUGUUUUGGGUCAUAAUAAGUAACAAACCAAGAUGAAUCUAUUUUAUUUGUUAAUAGCAUGUUUGAAAUUACAAUUCAACAUUCUUUAAUAUGACAUUUGUACUUGAGAAGAUACUAUUUGAUCAUUAUAAUAGAGAAAGAAAAUUGUAUA